AUGUCCAUAUGCAGGGAUAGUCUGGCACACAGUUUGGAUGCAAGUCAGCAGGCACAGCUGUACGCGAGCAAGGAGCUGGAGGAGUGUCAGAGUUCCCUCAAAACGCACAAGGAGCAGCUGGCAGUGGCAGACGCCGUCAACCUGGCACGUGGCAGCGACCUGCAGGCCAAGCAGCGAGAGCUUGAAAAGGCGCUGCAGCAGCUGGAAGCCCUGCAUGCCAGGAACACGGAUCUGGAGGAGCAGCUGGCAGGCAGUCAGAGUGCCCAUCGUGCAGCGGAGCAGGCCGCUCGGUCUGCCGAGGCACGUGCCUCCGGCGUUGCGCACCAGGCCGCUUCAGCCGCCGGCGAGGCGGCUGAGCGGGAGAGGGAGUGGCAGGCGCAGCUGAGUGUGUCGGAGGGUCGGAGGCGCCAGGCUGAGCUGGGACUGGAUGCGGCCGUGAAGGACCUGGCCUCCUUCCUCGAGGAGACGGACACGCUGCGUGGCGAGCUGGAGACUGCCAAGGCUGCCGCCGCCGCUGCCGAGAAGGUCAGUGACUUUGGUCUUUUGGCCCAGAGCGAGCUGUCGCGGAGGAUGGAGGAACAGCAGCGAGUCAGCGCUCAGGCGGCUGCCAAGCAGAGGCAAGCAGCAACUGCAGAGAUUGCUUCCCUCGCCUCCCAGCUGGAGGUGCUGAGGGCAGAGUGUGGGGCAGCAAUAGCCAAGGCCGCCGAGCAGGGAUCUCAGGUGGAGUGGCUCGAGUCGGCGCUGAAAGAGGCCCAGAUCGCCGCCAAGGAUGCCCGCGCUGCCUGGCGGAGCGCCGAGGGAGCGCUGCACAGCGCGGUACGCUCCCGUACCGCUGCCCAGGGCCGGCGGCUGGCCCUGCUGGAGGCGUGGGUGCACGAGCGGGGCAUGCGGCUGCAUGCCCAAGAGGAUGUGGCCCUGGAGAGCCAGUCUCUCCAGCAAAUUCUGGAUGCCGUGCGCGAGCUCCGGCAGGAGGGCGGGUGGGAUUCGGAGUUCCAGGAGAAGCUCAUGGGAGAGUGGACAAAGCUGGAGCAGGCCAAGGCAGGGACCCUUCGCAACCGUGGCUACAAGCUGGCGCAGGCUGUGCUGUCGCGUGAGGACCCCAUGGAGACUUUCCUGAAGUCAGUCCCUGAUCCUCCAGCCCCACUAGAGGUCAUAGCUCCGGACGUGUUUGAGGAGCGGUACGUCCGCCGCCGCCUCAGGAUGCUGGCAGCUUCUAGCCAGCGCCGGCAUCGCAGCCGCAUGGGCCUCUGGCUGCUGGCGCUGCUCCCGCAAGCCCCCAUCCUGCUGACACCGCUGCCCGCCAUAACCAUCUACUACACCGCAUAUCGAUUCUACUCUCACUAUCGGGCCCUCAAGGGCGGACAAGCGCUGCAGAGGAGGUUCCUGGACCUGGAUGCGCAGCAGAUUGCCCGGCUGAGGGCUCAGCUGCUGGACAUGCAGGCGGGCGAGGGGGGCCUGGAGGUCAAGCCAGGGACAUGGGUGUCCGACCUCCUCCAGCCAAAGCACAUGUACCUGGACCUCUUCCAGAGGCUGGAAGAGACGCAGCGGAGGGAGGCGCUGGAGAGACAGCGUGUGGACAACCCCGACCCCAGUGAACCAGGAAGCGGUCAAGAAAAGAACAUGCUGAUCUUCACUGCAAGCAAGGAGCUCACGAGCAUCCUACAGCCAGCCAAGAGGUUGACACAUCCCCUCGAUGAUAAGGCUGCUGUCGCGGCAGCAGAAUACCUAGGUGCACCCAAUCUGCUGCAGGGGGUGCGCAUCAGCGUUCUCGGCGAUGCUCUCAAAUCCAUGUACAAUGCUGAGAAGAAGGGGAAGAAGCAGGUGCUGAUCCGCCCUUCCUCCAAGGUGGUCAUCAAGUUUCUGCAGGUCAUGCAGAAGCACGGCUACAUUGGCGAGUUCGAGUUUGUGGACAACCACCGCUCCGGCAAGAUCGUGGUGGAGCUGAACGGGCGCCUGAACAAGUGCGGCGUGAUCUCCCCCCGGUAUGACUUUGCCGCCGGCGACAUCGAGCACUGGGUGGGGCGCCUGCUCCCCUCCCGCCAGUUCGGGUUCUUUGUGGUGACCACCUCCCAGGGCAUCUUCGACCACGAGGAGGCCAGGCGAAAGAAGGUGGGCGGCAAGCUGCUCGGAUUCUUCUACUGA